CCCACUGAAUGAAGCCCAAACAAUCGUUGUUGUUAACGAAAUUUAGUGUGGAUAAAUGGCAACGCAAAUACGUGAAAAGUCGCCGUUGAGCCCUCUAAUCGCGAAGAACCUGGUGGCCAAACACCACCGCGGCAGUUAAUAUCCAGGAAGCAGGCAGCAACGGGUCCAGGUCCAGCAAAGGCAGGCAUUCGGCAGUGCAACUUCGCAGCCAGCGCGCUUCGGGCCUGAGAGCCAAAAACUCCAAUUGGAGCGAUCUCAUCCAAUCCAAUCCGAUCCGAUCCGAUUCCCAUCCCGAUUAGAGUUACCGUUACGUGAACCGGGCGCUGCAGAGGGGGAAACACGAGCAGAUUAUUUCGUUGCCUGCCAGAUGAGGGCAGUCGAACGUGCGCGGACGCCAUGAACGCCAAGAAACGUCAACGCCUGGACCUGGGGCUGGAUCUCGCAGCCACAGCCACAUCGGCCACACCGACCACAACAUCGGCCACUGUGACGGGUGCUGCGGGUGCCGGGGGUGCCGCUGCCAGCGACCUGUCCGAUGCAUUGUUGGCCAGUUCGUUUGGCAACGGCCAGAGCCUGUUCCUCACCAGCAGCGGCAAUGGCAGUGGCGGCGCCCAGAUCCUACUGACCAUCUGCGGGGACGAGAACUCGGACGAGUCGCAGGAGUACUACGCCAUCAAGCAGGAGCCCGACAUGGACUUGAACUCGCUGCUGCCGAGCAAUCUGCAGCUGCCGACGGGCUGUGAGAUAUAUCUGGUGAAGGACACCACCAUCAGUGCGCCCAUCCAGCUGGGUGGACACCACCACACCCACACGCAGACCCACACGCAGACCCACACGCAGACCCAGACACAGGGCCACAUUCAAGCGCAGAGCAUUCCAGCAAAGGCAACCAUCAAGCUGGAGCCGGACACGAUGAGCGAUCGCUGUGGCCUCACUGUAAAUAAACUCUGCACCUCAUCCACGAACAUUCUGUACGUGAGCAACGGCGGGCAUCCCUCCAAAAGUGUCUCCUCCACUGCUACGCCAGAGCCAAAAGGAGCAUCAGCUCAGAAGCCCAACGUGGCCGCAACGAUAGCCAAAGUGGCUGCAACAGCAGCCUCACCGCCGAGCACAAUGCGAGCUCUAAAGUUGGUGGAGGAGCAGGUGGGCGCAGGAGGAGUCGGAGGAGUCGGAGGAACAUCCACCGCCAAGCUGGAUGCGUACAAGAAACGCGACGACAAGCGUCGCGCCACACACAACGAGGUGGAGCGUCGACGUCGCGACAAAAUCAAUUGCUGGAUCUUCAAGCUGAAGGAGAUGCUGCCCACCGAGGGCAGCCGCUACCGACCAGCGCACUCCAACGGCAAUGGCAAUGGCAAUGGCAACGGGCAAAUGGAGUCGGUGAGCAUCAGUCUCAGUUCGAGCACCAGCGAGGCCAGCACCAGUCCCGGCCUCAGAGUAAACCAAAGCGCCAAUGGUCGCACGCCGCCCAACGACUCCAAGUCGCAGAUACUGAUCAAGGCCUGUGAGUACAUCAAGAGCAUGCAGGGCGAGAUAGACAACUUACGCGAGGGCCUGCGGGAGGCGGACAAGCUGCGUGUGACCAACAAGACGCUGCGGGAUGAGCUGAACAGCUUGAAGCGGCAACAGGAGCUGCAGGAACGCUUCCACAGCAGUGGCGGUGGCUCGUUUAAUGUGACGCUCAAUUCGUUGAAUAGCUCCGCUACCAGUGACCUCUUCGAUGGCAUAGAUGGUGGGCCACACCCGAUGGGCAUGGGCAUGGGCAUGGGCAUGAGCAUGGGCAUGAGCGCCUUUGGCAAGCGCGGCCUCAUGAUAGCCGACUACGAUGAGUAGUUCGAGCAUAGAGGUCCGACGGCUGGCUCGUCCCUCCAUCGUGCAACGUGCAGCGUGCAACGUGCAACAGAGCAUCCUCCAAAGAACGACGUACCACGUACAAUAAACAAUUGGAAAGACAAGUGAUUUUUCUUGUUAAACAUUGCAGAUGCAACUCUAUGUUAAUGUUUAAUGUUUGAAGGAUUGUCACUCAUUUUACACACAACUUUUGGUUUUGUUGCAGGCUGAAGCCUUUAGCUACUUAAACACACUUCCCAUUUAUACCCCCGCUCCUGCCUACCAUCGUAUAUGUAUCUCCUAUAUAAUGUUAACGAAUACCUAAACUACCAACUAACUACCUUUUUGACUAAAGCCAUACCUUGUCAUACAACAGAAUGCAUAGCUCUACUUGCAAGGCCAUACACCAUGGAAUGGAAUAUACAUAUAUUGUUACAUUUUGUGUGCCCGUGUUUAUUCGAUUUUAAUACCGUAACGUACACUGUUUCUCGCACUAAUUACCUACAGAAAACCAAGGAAAAUACUAGCAGAUUUAUAUAUAUACAAACAAAGAAACAAAUAGAACUCUAUAUACCAUCUUGUUAAUGAUAUAUAUUAUAUAUAUACAUAUACAUAUACAUAUAUAUGUACGUACCACCCUCGCCCCAUUUGUACAUAUAAAUUUGUGCUACAAACUCAAAGACAAAAGGAGCGACAGAGUGCGCUGCGCUCUGCUCUGAUUGAUGCUGUUACCGGUGUAUUGUUGAUAGAGUAUGGAAACCCAUAUAAUAAUAACAUAAAUAAUAAUAUUAAUAUCAUAUUAUAGUUGAACAAAUAAACACAGAAAUUGUUGUGAAUGUUAUAUCAUUGUUUUCGAUAUACGACUAUGAUGUUUCCAGAAGUAUACACCAUAAAGGAAAAAGGCGAUUUACAUAUAUAU